AGGCACCGCUGCUCUCACAUCACCUUGCCUGCUCGCAUCCUUUCUGCGCAUCCUUCGUCGUUCUGCCAGCGCCGCUCGUACAACAUCGAUCUCCAUCGUCUUCACUCUUUUUCCCCUCUCCCUCCUUCCGCUUGACUUCUUCGAGCUUUCUCGCUGAGUUGCGCAGGGCCGGCCAAUCGCCGAUCGCACCUCCACAAACAACCACUCCACGCGCCUGCUCGUCCUCCUCGUCCUCCUCCUCCUCCUCCUACUCGUCGGUCCUCCUUCCCUCUCACUUGCAGCAUCGCUGUCCGAACGCGACGCUCGCUCUCACCUGGCCCUGACUUCUCCAACAUCAUCUCUCUAGCACACGCUCAUUCAGCUCGCGACACAGAGGCCCGUCACCAUGCCUGGAGUCCGUAAGUCUGCUGCUCCCGCCUCCGUUCCCAUCAGGGUCCCCGAUGGCGAUGCACUGCAAGGUUGGUUGCAAGCAAUCUAUAAUGAACAAUGCCCCCAACCGCGUAGACGCAUUGUCCGCUGCAUACCUCAUCUCGCCAUUUUUCUUGCUUAUCUACGGCCUUUGCGUACAUAAGCAUGCGCGCGACUCAUCUGUUCCAAUGCAUUGAUUUCUGCGCAGCGUGUGCCAGCAGAGAAGGUCGUUAUACGGAUGUUACUGCUGCUGUUGCACCUCCAGAACGGGAACAAAUAUCAUGUCCUGCGAACUGCUUAUCAUCAUGAAGCACCCUCUUCUCAAUCGCUCCUUAAAUCACCGCCGUGCCAAGAGCAAUCCAGGACAUGUCAAGUGAUACCCAUGACUAACAACAAUUUGACUCAUAGCUCCCGAAGCGAUCAACCUCAUGAAGAAGACUUUCAAGUCGAUCUUCAAAAAGAAGGACAAGAAGAAGACAGAAGAGACACUCGCCGCAGCCCCUGCUGCUGAGCCAACCAAGACCGAAGAGACGAAGCCCACGGAGACGGCUCCCGCCCCUGCUGCUCCAGCUGCUGAGCCCGCUGCCGCUGCACCUGCUGCCGCUGCUGCGCCAGCCGAAGAAGCCAAGCCCGCUGAGCCAGCACCCGCUCCAGAAGCGUCGACGGCCGAAGAGGCAAAACCCGCUGCUGACGCAACACCCGCUCCAACAGCAACUGAAGAGGCUAAGCCAACCGAGCCGGCUCCGGCCCCUGCGACCGAGACACCUGCAGCUGCAGCAGCUCCGGCUCCAGUUCCAGCUGCUGAUGAGACUCCUGCGGCGCCCGCGGAAGCCCCGAAGCCCGCCACUGAGGGUAUGUCUGCAACAUCUGGCCCCUUGGCCGACAACCCGGAGUUGGCUGCCCCCACCGAAACCAAGGCAUAGACGCGAUGGUUCUUCAAGUUUCCGCACGACCUCUGUUCUACACGCCCGAGCAUGCAACACGAAUAAAAAACUUAUGUUGGGAUGAGGUAAGUCGGAGGGGUCAACGAAUCCCCCUCUCCGGCUCGCACCGCGUUGGCGAAAGGGGGAUGAUGCGUCUGCGGAUCAUGACUUGAAAGUGCUGAAGGACGAUUCGAUGCUUAUUUGAAGUUUUCUUUUCUCUAUUUGUGGCUUCCAAUCUUCUCGCUUUCACACUACCCUUUUUGGUUUUUUGGCCGUGUCUGUGGUCGGGGGCGGUGGUGUGUCCCACCGAAUACGCAAAACCAACAAACACGACCCCUUCCGUUUAUCCACCUACACGAACCCACAAACAUGCUCGCACCAGUACGCACGCGCAUGUACACGCACAACAUGCAAACCGACCACCCGGCAUGCUAGAUUCUUGCGCGUUUCAAACAGGGAAAAGGAAGGAGCAAACUCUCACAUUCGUGCAAUGUGUUGGCGUGGAUCGAGCGCGAGGCGACUUUGACCGGGCGUAUACUUAAUAUGGUCGUUACUUGCGUGCAGUGGCUUUAUAUAUACCCCCCAAUGGAGUGCGACUGUUAAUUCUACAAACUUUGAACAUAAAGCACGUCGUCUCUCUCUUGCUGUCUUUCCCUCGUUUUUUUUGGUCUCAGAAAGCUUCUGACCUGCACCAAAGAAUGAGCCACUCGAAUCGACGGAUAGUGGAAUACCACGUGGGUUCAUGUCAAUUAACCAGCGUUCCAGGUGCUGUCGGUGUGUGUUGGUCUUUUUCUCCCCACGCCAAACAAAUGAAAUGUGCUGCUGCCAGUCUCGAGUAGACUGACUCGGCUGACAUGUGUGCUGCGUGCUAUUUGCUUUUUACGACUCUAGUUGCUAAACGGGCUAAAUAUGCAGUAACUUUUUUUUU